AUGUCCAAACACAAAAGAAGCCUUGUCUUGACUCUCCCCGAUCCCACUGUUGCUGGUCAUAUCAUUGGAAAAAAAGGAAGUCAAAUUAAUUUAUUACGACAAUUAACUAAAUGUAAUAUUCAAGUUGAAAAAUCGCAAGUACGAAUAUCGGGACGAAAUUCAAAACAAGCGGCAGAUUUAAUUCAUAUCAUCAUUAAUAAUGCAAUAUGUGUGUAUGAACAUCCAAAAAGUGUUUAUCACGUCUGGAAUAAUAUUCGAAGAGAUGAAUGUGGUGAUCGAUUCAAGCUUGACGAGUAUUCCAUUCCGUAUGUUCAGAAAUUAGGAAAGGAUCGAAAAUAUUACAUUUUAAAACAAUGUCCUAAAGAUGAAAAUGGGAAAGACAAAUAUGCAUGGAUGGCUCCUCUCAACUUGGAAGAAACAAUGAGCGUUGAUAAGGAUUCAGAAACAACUCCAAACGAAGAAUUCAAUCAAACAUCAGAAGGAAUCUCCACACCACCACAAGUCAGCAUUCCCUCUACUAUGGAACAACCAACCUCCAUGAAUGAUCAAGAAUCGGAUGCAUCUUUGAGUGAAAAACCUGUCACAGUUGAAACUGUGCAAUUUAUUUAUUCACCAUCGACCAUUGAACAGCUGAUUGAGGAAGGAAGACAACGAGUAGCAUCCAGUUUUAUAGAAAUGGCUCGAGUCACUUCUUCAUUAGUGCAAUCGUAUACACACAAUAAGAUUCUGAUCAAAAUGAGCCUUGGUAAAAAGACGUUCUAUGAUGCCAAGAGAAAUGUUCUCUUGGAGAAUGACAACAAGAUUUUUAAUUUUCAAACUUUUACUAAGUUACAAAUUGGAUUUGGAAAGGACAUUAAAUCAACAUGGAGAAACGAAAUUGAUUACAACACAGUACAACGCAUGCGAAAUUACAUGUUGAAUAAUGGAUGGAAACUGGAACAAGUUCUUAAAAGUGUUUCUUGUUAUGUUGUGGAAGUGAUAGAUGGAAUUCUAGAUCGCAAUGGACAGGGUGGGAAACGUUUUGGAUUUAAAGUCGUACCUUUGGAGGACCAUCAAACACAAUCUUUCUCUUGUAAAUUGGUGAAAGUGAGAAAUUUACUGAACAAAUUAUUAUUUAUUGACAUUUUCAAUGUUGAUGAAACAAUAUCCAAAUAUGACUAUCGAAUUAGAUUUCAAACAGAGCAAUCGGUCACUCAAUUUGAGACAAUGACGAAUUUACAAAAUUAUGUUUCUCAUUUGAGAUUUGAAAACGAUCAGCUCACCGACAAGUUUGUUCCCACUCCAAUUCGCCAACAAUUCAGGGUAGACUCGUUUCGAAACAAGUUAAAAGAAAUUUACACAUUUGGGAAUGUUAAAAUUACUUUGAAUAAUAUCAUAACAACAAAUAGACAAGAAUGGUAUGAGGUUUCCAUCUCUCAAAUCGAAAAUUUUUCAUUGUCAAACUUGAAUACAGACAAGGUUUUGGAAUAUCUUUCUGUGAUGAAUUUGGUGGUGGGAUCCAUGAACUGA